UUUCCAAUCAAAAAACCCCCUUACAAUUCACAAUGGCGGGCGCUAUGGAAAACGCGCGCAAGGUCAAGAUGAGCGCCGAAGAGCGUGCUGAUCGCUUCGGCUACGUCUUCUCGGUCUCUGGCCCAGUCGUCGUCGCCGAUCACAUGAACGGCGCGGCCAUGUACGAACUUGUCCGUGUCGGCCACGACGAGCUCGUCGGCGAGAUUAUUCGUCUUGAGGGUGACACUGCCACCAUUCAGGUCUACGAGGAAACGUCGGGUGUCACUGUCGGCGACCCCGUCCUCCGCACUGGCAAGCCCCUGUCUGUGGAGCUUGGCCCUGGUCUGCUUGCCUCCAUUUAUGACGGUAUUCAGCGCCCCCUCCGCGACAUUAGCGACCUCAGCAACAGCAUUUACAUCCCCCGCGGUGUCAACACCCCCGCCCUCAACAAGACCGCCCAGUGGCACUUUGUCCCCAACCCCAAGAUCCGCGUUGGCGACCACGUCACCGGCGGCGACCAGUACGGCACGGUCAAGGAGAACUCGCUCAUUGAGCACCGCAUUCUCGUUCCCCCGCUUGCUCGCGGCACGGUCAAGUUUAUUGCCUCCGAGGGCGACUACUCGCUCGAGGAUGUUGUUCUCGAGACCGAGUUUGCCGGCAAGGCCUCCCAGUUCACCAUGAUGCAGGUUUGGCCCGUGCGCACCCGUCGCCCAGACGCCGAGAAGCUCCCCGCCAACUACCCCCUGCUUACUGGCCAGCGUGUCCUCGAUGCCCUCUUCCCCUGCGUCCAGGGUGGCACGACUGCCAUUCCCGGAGCCUUCGGCUGCGGCAAGACUGUCAUCUCGCAAGCCCUGUCCAAGUUCUCCAACUCGGACGUCAUUAUCUACGUCGGCUGCGGUGAGCGAGGAAACGAAAUGUCGGAAGUACUCCGAGAUUUCCCCGAGCUCGAGAUGGAGGUUGAUGGCCGCAAGGAGACCAUCAUGAAGCGCACGACUCUUGUCGCCAACACGUCCAACAUGCCCGUCGCUGCUCGCGAGGCUUCCAUUUACACUGGUAUCACUCUGUCCGAGUACUUCCGCGAUAUGGGUUACAACGUCUCCAUGAUGGCCGACUCCACCUCGCGCUGGGCUGAGGCUCUUCGUGAAAUCUCGGGUCGUCUUGCAGAGAUGCCCGCCGAUUCCGGCUACCCGGCCUACCUCGGUGCUCGUCUUGCCUCCUUCUACGAGCGUGCCGGCAAGGUCAAGUGCCUCGGCAACCCCUCCCGCGAGGGCUCUGUGUCCAUCGUCGGCGCCGUCUCGCCGCCCGGUGGUGAUUUCUCCGACCCCGUCACCUCCGCCACCCUCGGUAUUGUGCAGGUCUUCUGGGGCUUGGACAAGAAGCUCGCCCAGCGCAAGCACUUCCCCUCGGUCAACUGGCUCAUGAGUUACUCCAAGUACGAGCGCGCGCUCGACCCCUUCUAUGAAGAUUUCGACCCCGAGUUUGUCAGCUUCCGAACCAAGUGCAAGGAAAUCCUCCAGCUUGAGGAGGACUUGUCCGAAAUCGUCCAGCUUGUCGGCAAGGGUUCGCUCGCCGAGUCUGACAAGAUCACCCUCGAAGUUGCCAAGAUUAUUCGUGACGACUUUUUGCAACAAAACGGCUACUCUAACUACGAUCGCUUCUGCCCCUUCUACAAGACUGUCGGCAUGAUGCGCAACAUUUGCCUCUUCUUCGACCUCGCUCGCCGCGCUGUCGAGUCCACGGCACAGUCAGACAACAAGAUCACCUUUGCCAUCAUCAAGGACAAGAUGGGCGGCCUCAUGCACGAGCUGUCCUCCAUGAAGUUCCUCGACCCCAUCAACGGUGAGGCUUCCCUCAAGGAGAGCUUCAAGCAGCUCGCCGAGAAGCUCCAGAAUGCUUUCCGAAACCUUGAGGAUUAAAAAAAGAGAUUUGUUUUUUUUGCUUCAUUUCCCCCCCCCCCGUCUCCAGUUCUAUUUCUCUUGCUCCCUCUCUUUCUUUCCAACUUUUGUUCCACUCUUUCUUUCUUUUUACCCAUUGGUGGUUUCCUUGUAUGCAAUCUUGCGUGUUUGUUUUGCUGUAGCUCUUGUCCAAUUUGAAAUUGUUUUUUGAAGUUUUCAUGGUUUUUUGUUUUUCCUUUUCAUUGGUUGUUUUGAACUACUGUAAUGGACGG